GUCGCCGGAGAAUAAAUCCUCCACCCCUCCCCCCCCCUCCCCCAGUUCCUCAUCCCCUCGUUUUAAUUUUCUAAAAUCGUCGUUUCAGUUAAAAGUUAAGCUUUAAAACGUUGGUUCGAAAGUCUACCGCGGGUCGAUUGUUUGAGAUCCAGCAAUGUCGGAAGACUUUGAUUUCGCUGAUAAGGGAAAAGCAAUGAAGGAUGCAGAAGCAAAAGGAUUCAACCCAGGUCUAAUAGUUCUGCUUCUUGUUGUGGGCUUAUUAUUGGUCUUCCUUGUUGGAAAUUAUGUCCUUUACAUAUAUGCUCAGAAGACAGUUCCACCAAGGAAAAAGAAGCCUGUCUCCAAAAAGAAAAUGAAGAGGGAAAGGCUGAAGCAAGGAGUCUCAGCACCAGGAGAGUAGAUUGAACUGAGAGUAGUAAACUGAACCGUAGGCCUUAAUUUGUUUUAUUUCUCUAUGUUGACUGCUACAUUAAGAUUUUCCCUUUCUUGAUGUCGGUUACCAAUAUUAAGACAAAAUUUGAGUUCUUUGGAUUGAUAA